GUGGCGGCGGGGAGCAGUGAGCGGACGCGCGUGCGACGCGGGGAGACCUCCCCGGAGGUACACGCUGUCCCCGGCGCACGAUGGUUCGACCUACGAGUUUCUGACUUUACGAUGGUGCCAAAGCGAUACCCAUACGGCUGCCCCGUUUUCUCUCUUUCAAUACAGUGAAAGCGAAAUGAUCGAUAAUGACGAAAACAAAAGCCCUUUCUCCUGAGUCACUGAAAAAUCACUGACCACCAUCAUGUCUGAGAUGAAGUUUCUGGUGUCAGGAACUGAAGUCCUUAAACAACCAGGGGACCCGUGCCCAUAGAGUAAGAAGAACAUAUCAGAAGCUCCUUGUGGUAGAACUGGGAGGAUCAUGGGAGAUCACCUUGACCUUCUCCUGGGAGUGUUGCUCGUGGCCAGUCCUGUGCUUGGAAUUUCUUCCUGCUCCUCUGAUGGUCGGAUGGCCUUAUAUCGUUUCUGCAACCUCACCCAGAUACCCCGGGUCCUCAACACCACUGAGAGCCUCCUGCUAAGCUUCAACUAUAUCAAGACAGUCACAGCCACGUCUUUCCCCUUCCUGGAGCGGCUGCAGCUGCUGGAGCUCGGAACUCAGUUUUCAUCCUUAACUAUUGACAAAGAGGCUUUCAGAAACCUGCCCAAUCUUCGAAUCUUGGACUUGGGCAAAAGUCAGAUAGACUUCUUGCAUCCGGAUGCUUUUCAGGGACUGCCCCAUCUGUUUGAACUUAGACUGUUCUCCUGCGGUCUCUCUGACGCUGUGUUAAAAGAUGGUUAUUUCAGAAAUUUGGGGUCUUUGUCUCGCCUGGACCUGUCCACAAAUCAGAUUCGCAGCCUUUCCCUCCAUCCUUCAUUCAGGGAGUUGAAUUCCUUGAAGUCCAUCGAUUUCUUCCUCAACCAAAUACCCACAGUGUGUGAGCACGAGCUCAAGCCCCUCCGAGGGAAAACGCUCUCAUUUUUGAGACUCGCUGCUAACAACCUGUACAGCAGGGUCUCGGUGGACUGGGGGAGGUGCAUGAACCCGUUCAGAGACGUGAUCCUGGAAACCCUAGACGUUUCUGGCAAUGGCUGGACCGUGGACAUCACAAGGAACUUUAGCAACGCCAUCAACGGAAGCCAGGUUUUCUCCUUGGUUCUUGGCUACCACACUAUGGGUUCUGGGUUUGGCUUCCACAACAUCAAAGAUCCUGACCAGAGCACGUUUGCCGGCCUGGCCGGAAGCUCAGUGGCACAGCUGGACCUCUCCCACGGCUUCAUCUUCUCCCUGAACUUCCGACUCUUUGAGACCCUCGCGGAGCUGAAGGUUCUGAACGUUGCCCACAACAAGAUAAACAAGAUUGCACACGAGGCGUUUUACGGACUCCACAGUCUGCAGGUUCUCAAUAUGUCACACAACCUUCUUGGGGAGCUUUACAAUUUUAACUUCUACGGACUCGCUAACGUGGCCCACAUCGACCUGCAGAGGAACCACAUCGGGAUCAUUCAGGAAGAAACGUUCAGAUUCCUGGAAAAGUUGAAUACCUUGGACCUCCGAGACAAUGCCCUCAAAACCAUUUAUUUUAUUCCCAGUAUACCUAAUAUCUUUUUGGGUGGCAAUAAACUGGUGACUUUGCCAACCAUCAGGUUCACAGCCAACUUCAUCCACUUAUCAGAGAACAGGCUAGAAAGUCUGGAUAAUCUCUACUUCCUUCUCCAGGUGCCUCAUCUCCAGAUUCUCAUUUUAAAUCAAAAUCGCUUUUCCUCAUGUAACCAAGGUCGUGUCCAUUCAGAGAGUCUCAGCUUAGAGAAGCUUUUCCUCGGAGAAAAUAUGUUGCAACUUGCCUGGGAGACCGGCUCCUGUUGGGAUGUUUUUAAGGGGCUUUCCCGUCUCCAGGUCCUAUAUUUGAAUAAUAACUACCUGACUUUUCUCCCGCCAGGAGUAUUUAGCGAUCUGACUGCCUUAAGGGGACUCAGCCUCAACUCCAACCGGCUGACGGUCCUCUCCCCUGGCGACUUACCGCCUAACUUAGAGAUCCUCGAUGUAUCCAGAAACCAGCUCCUGUCUCCUGAUCCUGACGUAUUUGCAUCACUUCGUUUCGUGGACAUAACUCAUAACAAGUUCAUCUGCGAGUGUGAACUUAGCGCUUUCAUCAGGUGGCUCAAUCAAACCAAUGUCACUAUAUUUGGGUCUCACGCAGACAUAUACUGCAUGUACCCAAACUCGCUCUCUGGGACUUCCCUCUACUCCGUGUCCACGGACGGUUGUGACGAAGAGGAAAUCCUCAAGUCCCUCAAGUUCUCCCUUUUCAUCUUAUUCACCGUCACGCUGGUCCUGUUCCUCUUGAUCGUCCUCACAGUCGUGAAGUUCCGGGGCUUUUGUUUCCUCUGUUAUAAGAUGGUCCAGAGGCUGCUCUUUGAGGACCGGACCCUGGGAAGAGACUCCGACACGUACACAUACGAUGCCUAUUUGUGCUUCAGUAGCAAGGACUUCGAGUGGGUGCACAAUGCUUUGCUCAGACACCUGGACGCUCAGUACAGCGACCAAAACAGAUUUCACCUGUGCUUUGAAGAGAGAGACUUCAUGCCAGGGGAAGACCACAUCGCUAACAUCCACAACGCCGUGCGGAGCAGCAGGAAGGUCGUGUGCCUGGUGAGCAGACACUUCCUCAGAGACGGCUGGUGCCUCGAAGCCUUCAGCUACGCCCAGAGCAGGGCCCUGGCCUACCUGAACGGCGCCCUCGUCGUGGUGGUGGUCGGGUCCUUGUCCCAGUACCAGCUCAUGAAACACGAGGCCGUCAGGGCCUUUGUACAGAAACGGCAGUACCUGAGGUGGCCGGAGGACCUCCAGGACGUCGGCUGGUUUCUCGAUAAACUCUCUCAGCACAUACUACGGAAGGAAAAGGAAAAGAAGAAAGACGACAGCAUUCAGCUGCAAACUAUAGCAACCAUCUCCUAGUCGAAGGAGCGGUUUCCGCCGACCUCAAGCCACAGGCAGCGCUAAGGUACCGUUUUCUGAAGGAUUUUUUUUUCUCCUGCUAUGAACACAGUAUAAAGCUCUUGGUUUUCAUGACAACACGGUGUCUUGUCUCGCUGACCUCCAAAUGGGAAGUAAUAGAUCCAGAAGAUUCUACCAAUACCACAGAAUAUUUCUCAGUCGUGGGAAGGGCGCCUCGAGAGAAGUUACAGAUGGCGGACAUGAGGGUGGGCCAGGGACCCCCAGCUCGCUGUGCUCUGCAGAAAAACCCGGAGCAGAAAACGAUCAGAAAAGAGGCACAUUUCCCACUGCAGCCAGGAGCACAGAGCCAGUGCCGGGUGCAGGUCGCGCUCCGUCUCGGGGGCAGGAUGUGGUCCCAGAGAAGCUGGGACGAGAAUACCGAGAUUUCUCACGGCCGUGGACGGUCUUGCCUUCGCCUCCUCCAGACCUAACCCUGUGAGUCAUCACGGCGUGUUUUACAGGUGACCUUUAUUUCAGCCUGGUGUCCGAGACCUUCCGUGAUUUGGCACCAAACUCUCUCUGCUUUAUUUCCUUUUUGUCAUUUACCGACCGCUGCGGCUGCUAUGGAAAGACCUUCGCCUUUGGACGCAGAUCCUGGUUUGAGUUCCGGUUCUGCGGAUCGUAGGCUCCGUGACCUCGAGCAUGUCACACGCCCUCGCUGGACCUCGCUUUCUCAUCUGUGGGCGUGAUGGUAUCUGCCUCGUACAGUUGCCGUAAAAAUUAAAUUGGCCAAGGACGUCAGGGCUUCUCGGAUCUUGUUGUUAGCUGCUCGAGUGGCCACAAGAGGGCGCACGCACUGAGCCUUCUAAAGGCAGUCGGAAUUUCUUUGAAAUUGUAUUUUUUUUAAUCUUGAAAGAAAUCUAUACAUA